AACAAAGGAAGUCAAUUGCUAUUGGCUUUAUUUGGAAUGGCUAGCGAAGCCCACCAAGACUCAAUAAAUAGUUGACGAGUUUGAUCUAAGUAUGCAACUCUCGCAAAAACCCUCUCCCACUCUCGCACUCUUCUCUCUCCCUCUCUCGCACUCUUCCUUUUCUUAACUCUAAUCAUUCUCUCUCUUCGACGAAUACCAGUUCGAUGGUCAACGAGGUCUGAGCGUGACAAGCAAUCCUCUUCCCAGAACUCUCCAGCGAUCCAACAAAAUUCAGUAAAGAAUCAGUUGUUCGUGACCUGAAAAAAUGGCAUCGAAUGGAACAGUAAAAUGUCCAGCACCGAUGAAGGCGACUUCUAAUGGAGUCUUCCAAGGAGACGAUCCUCUCGACUUUGCGCUGCCUCUGCUGAUACUGCAGAUAUGCCUCGUGGUCGUGCUCACCAGAGUGCUCGCCUAUCUCCUCAGGCCGUUGAGACAACCACGUGUCAUUGCGGAGAUUAUUGGUGGAAUAAUACUAGGUCCAUCUGUUUUAGGCCGCAAUGAGAAGUAUCUCCACACCAUUUUCCCAGCAAGGAGCCUCACAGUCUUGGACACCGUUGCUAAUCUCGGCCUCCUCUUCUUCCUCUUCCUCGUUGGCCUCGAAAUCGACCCAGCAUCUCUCCGUAGGACCGGAAAGGCCGCCCUAAGCAUUGCCCUCGCUGGAAUCACCCUCCCAUUCGCCUUAGGAAUCGGGACCUCGUUCGUGUUCAGGGCCACUAUCUCCACAGGCGUAAGCCAGGCCCCGUUUCUCGUAUUCAUGGGAGUUGCCCUCUCCAUCACCGCCUUCCCGGUGCUGGCGCGCAUCCUGGCCGAGCUGAAGCUGCUAACCACCGACGUUGGCCGUAUGGCCAUGUCCGCUGCUGCUGUCAACGACGUGGCUGCUUGGGUCCUGCUUGCUCUGGCUAUCGCCUUAUCCGGCACGGACCAUUCUCCCCUUGUGGCGGUGUGGGUAUUCCUCUGUGGCUCGGGUUUUAUAAUCCUUUGCAUAUUUGUUGGCCCACCUAUUUUCAAAUGGAUGUCACACCGCUGCCCUGAGGGCCAUCAAGUAGAUGAAAUAUACAUAUGUGCCACAUUAGCUGCUGUUUUGGCCGCCGGUUUUGUUACUGAUGCUAUAGGAAUCCAUGCGCUCUUCGGGGCUUUUGUCCUUGGAGUUCUCGUCCCUAAACACGGAGCCUUCACCGGUGCCCUGGUCGAGAAAGUUGAGGACCUCGUCUCUGGUCUGUUCCUUCCUCUGUAUUUCGUCUCAAGUGGCCUCAAGACGAAUGUGGCCACCAUUCAGGGGGCUAAUUCGUGGGGUCUUCUUGUGUUAGUCAUAAUCACGGCGUGUUCUGGGAAGAUAGCUGGAACAGUUCUGGUCUCUCUUUUCUGUAAGAUCCCUUUCAAAGAGGCUCUCACACUUGGUUUCCUAAUGAACACAAAAGGUCUGGUGGAGCUCAUCGUGCUCAACAUAGGGAAAGACAGGGGAGUGUUGAACGAUCAAACAUUUGCUAUUAUGGUUUUGAUGGCGUUGUUCACAACGUUCAUGACGACGCCGAUCGUUGUGAGGAUAUACAAGCCUGCUCGGUUGGCGGCGGCUGUGGUGGAGUACAAGCGGAGGAGCAUACAGAAGAAGGAGGAGGCUUCGAAUGCGGAGCUCCGCCUCCUCGUCUGCUUCCACAGCACCAGGAACAUAGCGUCGCUGAUCAACCUGAUGGAGGCGUCACGUGGCAUGGGGAACCGGCGCGGGCUCCGCGUCUACGCCAUGCACAUGAUGGAGCUGUCGGAGAGAUCCUCUGCGAUAGUGAUGGCGCACAAGGCAAGGAACAACGGCAUGCCGUUCUGGAACCGGAAACGCAGCUCCGACCCCAAUCACAUUGUCGUCGCUUUCGAGGCCUUCGAGCAUCUCAGCCAGGUCUCGGUCCGGCCGGCCACCGCGAUCUCGGCCAUGUCGAGCAUGCACGUCGACAUCUGCAACGGCGCCGCGAAGAAGAGGGCGGCGAUGAUCGUGCUGCCGUUCCACAAGCAUCAGCGGCUCGACGGCCGGCUCGAGACGAUCCGGUACGAUUUUAGGCUGGUGAACCGGAGGGUCCUCGAGCACGCGCCCUGCUCCGUUGCUAUCUUCGUCGACCGGGGCCUGGGCGGGACGGCGUAUGUGGCCACGAGCAACGUGAACUACGCCGUCACGGCCUUCUUCUUCGGGGGCCCUGAUGACCGUGAGGCUCUCUCCUACGGGGCCCUCAUGGCGGAGCACCCCGGCAUAGCCUUCAACGUCGUUCGUUUCCUUGUGGACCCCUCCCUCGCUGGUGAGGAUAUCCAGUUAGGCAUUGAUGAUAAUCAAAGUAGCACACCAGAAGAUCGAUCGAAGGAUGAGGAGUUUCUUGCGGAUUUGAAAGAGAAAGUGGCGAAGAAUGGAUCCAUCAGAUUGCAAGAGGUCGUGGUGAGCAAUGCGGCGGAGGCAGUCGAAGCAAUGCGUGCGCACGACCGUUGCAAUCUGUUUGUGGUGGGAAGAAUGUCGGAGGGGCAGUUAGCUGCGGCUCUUAAGAGCCAUAGCGACUGCCCUGAGCUUGGACCGGUCGGAAACUUGCUGAUUUCGUCGGAAUUUUCGACGAAACCGUCGGUGUUGGUGGUGCAGCAGUAUCGCGCGCAGCUGACUGGGGACUCGCUUAAUUCGCUUAGGAUAGAAGAUGUAGCAGAGGAGUCGGAUUCACAGUAAUUUUGCUAUGUGACUUAUCUUUCUCUGGUAUGCAUAAAUGUCGUCGAAUUACUAUUCUUGGUUUGGAUGAUCUACUACGAUAAUGGAGUUGCAACAUGCAUGAAGGGAAUAAACUAUGAGCUAGUUAGAUUUUGCUCUGUUUUGAUUUUCAAGAUAUGAUAAGCUUGCAAAUGAUAUUCAUGUUGGAUUACCAUGUUUCCAUUUGGUUCUAAGAGAAAAGAGAAGGAAUAGAUAGCGGUGAAAUGGUGAUUUGAAUAUAGGAAUGUCAAUCGGUCCAACUCAUUCAUUAUUGUAUCAGUUUUUUUUUUUUUUUUUU